GCAGGGGACUGCUGCUGCGGCGCUCGCGACGCCCGCCGUGCAGAGGGUCGUGUCUGCGUCGAACCGGUUUAUGCCGUCUACGCCGGAGCUGAACCUGACGCCUAUUAAGAAUGAUGAUCCGGUCUCGGCGAACGAGAGGCCGCUACGGUGCCCGUUUUGCGUGAAUCAGCGGAUGCUUAGGACGAUUAAGGAGGCUGUUGAGCAUAUGUCUACGCAUGUUGUGGUCUAGGGCCACUUAAUCGCAGAAGACUGGGAAGGGUAUGAUGGGGGUUGGCAAAAGGGGAGCGGAGUGAUUAUUGAACGAAAACCCAAAAUCCCCUGGCGAGCGAUACUUAGGAGUUGGUAAUCCAAUAUUUCGGUUGAGUAUCGACAUACCUUUGGAGGAUAAUAGUAGGCGAUGGACCAAUCACCACUUUCACAAAACAAAAAAAGCUUUUUGCUAUCGGAUAGGGGAAUAGGAAGGUUUCGAGGUAUCAAGGGGGAAAACCCCCCAAGUCACGUUGCGCGUGUGUAGUGUGUAUAUAUAUAUGCAUAAGUGUUAGGGCCGGGGGAGG